UUUGUUACAUUUUGCAUAAGUUUGUAUAAAAUAAUGUAAAAGAAUCUCGUUGCUUUAUUUUAUUGAUUUGAUUAAUUCCUUUCAUUCUCUCCAACUUUCUCCUCUUUUUUAUACUCUUCCUCCUUUCAGUUUCCUCACUCCCAAAAUCUCUCAAACUCAAAAUCCCCAAAAAACAAAAAUUCCCUGUUUUUCUGUCAAAAGUUUUGACUCUAGCCAAGUUGAGUUCUACAAUGUUUAAGGUUUUGAUGAUCUUGGGUAUUUUGGCCAUCUCUUGCAUGGCUCAAGCACCAACACCUUCACCAACUCCCUCUCCAAAAUCUUCACCAUCGCCAGCUGCUACUCCAACGCCUUCCCCAACAGCAUCGCCAGUUGCUACUCCAACACCUUCCCCAACAGCAACACCAACGCCAACACCAACCCUAUCUCCAACCCCAACCCCAAACCCAUCUCCAACUCCAGCUCCUUCAACGGCUCCAACCCCAUCACCCAUCACUUCACCAUCUCCUUCUCCAACCACUUCUUCGCCUUCUCCUUCACCAAUCUCUGCCCCUCCUACUCCUGCGCCUUCUGGUGUAACUGCUCCAGCCUCCGAGCCUCCAUCCGAACAAGGUUCUCCUCCCUCUGCUGCUUCCACCAAAGGUGUUUUCAUUGGUGCAACAGCUCUUGCUGCUACUGUCUUCGCUGCCCUUUUGGCUUAAGAAAGUGAGUUCCUGCUUUUUGGGCUUUUGGAUCAUGAUUCUUGAGGAUCUUGUUUUCUUGCUCUCUUUGUUCUUUUAAGUAGUGUUCUGUUUUUUUGGCUUUAAUUUAUUUGUUAUGAGUUGUUGUUGACAAUGGUUCUAUUAUUUUGGGUUUGAAUGGUUGAUUAUUCUGGUGGUGUACAUAAUAACAGUGGAAUAAAAAAAGUUUGUUAUUUUUUUUUUA